ACGUGCCACACGGCAGAGGAGGGCGGCCGAGGAAACCUUCCUCGCGCCGCCCGUACGCCAGCAAGGCAUUCACUCUCGGGAGCUCGAGAAGAAAGGUGUUCAAAGCUAAACGGUGAUAAACAUGGCGUUGCGAGGAACUCUGGCCAGACUGCCUGCACUCAGGUCCUCGGUUCUGACCACAAGCCCAAGGAUCCUGGCGGUUCCUGCCAGGCAGACUCACAGCACGGAGGAACGGCUCCAGGUGGCCCCUGCUGUUGGAGCGGCUGUGUGUAGCAGUGCUAUUCCUGUUGGAAAAUUGGGACUGAGAGAUCACCAUAUCAACAGACUGGAGAAGUAUCUGCUGGUUUGGGGAGGGAAGUACAACUCCAUCGCAGACGUCCCUGAUCUGGUCAGCCAAGACACCCUGGAACGCGCCCGCAACAAGGCGAGAAUCAAGAUCAACAUCUGGAUGGGCGUGGCCACCCUGCUGGGCUGCAUGUACAUGAUCUGGUCGGGCAAGAAGGCCCACAGAGAGGGCCAGUCUCUGCUGGCCAUGAACGCGGAGUGGCACCGAAGGGUGAACGAGGAGGCGAGGCUGGCCAAGGGAGAGAAAAACCGGCUGGGGGACCUGGCGGAUCUGUAG